AUGGCUUCUCUGUCCGAUAUAAACUGGGGAAAAAAAGAAACAAAGCAACCCAUAAACAAAACGCACCCGUACCAAUACGUGUCCUUCUCCAACCCCAAAAAAAGAAAGAUAGAGACUUCAGAGCACACGGGAGCUCCUCCUCCAAUAAUCCCAACUAAGCCGCAGAUACUCCAUUCUCCUCCAAGCCCUCCAGCCAGAAGCCAGCACGAGAUUCUUCUCAAGGCAAAUCUCGUAAUGCAGGCGUAUCUGAAUCUAAUAUUCAACUCAUUUGCUGUGGUGAUUAUGAUUCUUCUUGUUAUCAAAGGAUUUGUGAUGGUGAAAAACGACAUAAGCAUACGCAUACACACAUCCACAGAGAGCCAGAAAGCCAAGAUAUUAGAGUGCAGGAGACAGUACAAUUUAAAUCGGUGCAGCCCCGGGGAAAGGGUGCCCGCCGUGGAGAAACAGUGCCAGGCCUGGGAGGAGUGCAUGAACCAGGACCCAGUGCGCCAGGAGAUAGGAAAGAUUGUCCUAAGGCUCUUCAGCGAAGGAGCAGAAGAGCUGAUGAGUGCCCUGUCUGCAAGGAGUGUCUUCCUAGCCACAUUUGUGCUUAUCUGUGUUCUUAAAUUCCGUAAAUAG